AAUCACACCCUCAUUUUAUUUGAGAGGGGAUCCUGAAGGGACAAAGUGGAAAAAUGUUGGGCCAGAGACGCGAGAUUUUUACUGGCAAGAGUUCCAGGCUGAUUUUGUACAAUUGAAACAAAUGGCUGAGGAGUCAGGCCUUAAAGUCAUGGAUCAGGAGAUUUGGUUUGAGGUAGUUGGUGGCUUUGAUCAAAAGAAUUGGAUUAAGGGAGUCGGAGAUCUUGCCGAUCAAAUGAAACCCCUUAAACCUAUAUAUCAAAUGAGUACUAGUGAUAUUUCAGAGAUUGAGUGGGUGAGAGCGGAGAAUGAGGUCAUGAAGACAAGGUUGGAUAAGAUUGAGUUCACAGUUGCUGAACAAAUUCAAAGAAUGUGUGGUGGAAAUCCUCCGACACCUCGAGACCCUGACGAUGAUUCUGGUUCUGAUAUCAGGUGCAUCUGCGACGGAAUUAUUCCGUCGCAAUUUCCGUCGCAAACAACAAAUUAAGAAUGCAGAAACUUUGUCGCAGAUUCCGUCGCAAUUUGCUACGGAUUUAAAGUUCCGUCGCAAACAAAGGAUCUGGCUUUGUUCAUUUCACGCAAUUUAAGAAACCAAUGUAAUAUGGCGCGGUGUUACGCAAUUAAGCACCAUUGUAGACUCCAUUGCGAUUUGGUUUCUUAAAUUGCCUGAAAUGUAGCCAUUCACGUGGGUCUGUGUAUGAGUUUAUGGCUGUGAUGAUUUUGAAGAAACGAAAUCUGUUUAUGAGAUCUUUAGUCUCUUUAAGUUUGAGGCAUCGAUUUGUUCAUUUCACGCAAUUUAAGAAACCAAUGUAAUAUGGUGCGGUGUUACGCAAUUAAGCACCAUUGUGGACUCCAUUGCGAUUUGGUUUCUUAAAUUGCCUGAAAUGUAGCCAUUCACGUGGGUCUGUGUAUGAGUUUAUGGCUGUGAUGAUUUUGAAGAAACGAAAUCUGUUUAUGAGAUCUUUAGUCUCUUUAAGUUUGAGGCAUAGUAGGAAUGAACGUAACUUGGUGUG